AUGACUGGUCGCAAUGUUUCCUCUACCCGUUCGAAAGACGAGUCUCGCAAGGACGACGUUUUCUACAUGGAGAGCGUCGUAUUCAAGGCGGAGAACACGUUGUUCAAAGUGCCAGGUUACGCGCUGCCUUCCGGGGAGAAUGGCGUGUUCGCUUCGAUGUUUGCGUUACCGCAGGGACCAAACACAGAAGGGUCUGAAGACAAGAACCCGAUCGUCCUACCACCAGAGAUCUCAGCGCAGGACUUCAAGAGCUUAUUGAAAGCAUGUGUACCGAUGCCACGGUCUCAGAUGCAGCAACUUGACGUGAAUGAAUGGAUGGGCGUCCUGAAGCUUUCGGACCAGUGGUGCCUCGAUGACCUACGAGCACAAGCGAUCAAGGAGACGGGUGUGAGCGUCAUCAAGAUGCCGCUGACGGAGAGAAUUGCGCUGUCAAAACGAUACAACGUCUCAAGCUGGCUAAUCGACGCGUACGAGGCCAUAUGCAAACGAAAAGAUGGAAUUAGCCGGGACGAACGCGACUGCAUGGGACACGAGACGUUCUUUCGACUAGUCCAUCUGCGAGAGAAAAGUUGGGCAUGGGCAGCAUCCGGAGAAGGCAGGAACAGAGCUAAGUUCAACUUUCGCGCCAAGAUACACGACAUCUUCGGGGACGAACUGUGUAAGGACGCCGAUUACAGGAAACCGGGCACUCCCUUGGUGGCGCCGAUACCCAAACCUGCAUCGCAUCUCUCGUUUGGCUUUUCGGACUCAGAUCUGGACUGA